AUGGCCUCACGUGGCGUCUUGACCGCGGCCUGCGUUGUUGGGGGUCUCACGAUGACGGGCGUCGCGCUGACGGCCUCGCGAUGGCGGCGGACAGAGGCGCGCCGCGCAGAGCUUAACAACGAGUACGCCGACGUUCUAACGGAACUCCGCUCGUUGAAUGACGCACGCCUAAAGGACGCCGAAGAUCUACGGCGCAAGCGAAAGGAAACGGCUCUGAUGCAUGAGACGGUGGCCACUAUCUGGGCCGAUCGUCUUGCGCGCUACGUGCAAACCAAUAAGGAGCUGCACUCUUUCUUGAAAGCCCUCCCGGAGGCGCUUGGCGCCCUGAAGGGCCUCACAAAUCAUUACCAGUACAUGGCAACGGAGAUGCGGAAGUUUGUGGCUUUCGACGUCGCCUGUAGUAAAGUGCAUAACUUCGCACUUCUUCUUGAACACGGGGAACAUGUAGGGAUGCCGCGUGUGGUGGAGAGAAUUCGCCAACUACUCAUUGCAGAGCCCCUAGUCCAGGUGGUGUGUGACAGUGUCAGCCAAGUCCCCGCCGACAUUAGCUGCCCAAGUUCCCUUGGUGAGUGUAGCUCAAGUUUUGUCUUUUGCAUGGAGGAGCUUGACCGGGCGAUUGAGCUGGCAGUCGCGCGCCACCUUGAGUUUCAGAGCGAAGAGGGGAAAAAGACCCCCAACGUCAUUUGCGAUGGCGUGCGCAAGCUCACCAACGAGGCCAGGCUGAAUACACUUACCAAAGGCGACAUCGCCCUGCAGAAGGAGCGAAGGGCGCUUCGAGACCUCCUCCUCCGUGACCGACGGCAGCUGCACACGACAGGUGACCUGAGGAGCGCUCUGGAAUACGUUGAAGGCGUGUCGGAUCGGCUCUGCACUGACGAUGCGGGGGAGGCUGGGCUGCGCAAGAUUAUUUCCACUGACGCCGCCGUCAAAGCCGCACAGGACCAACUCCUCUUGUGGCGGAGGUCGGCGGCGGUCUUCCUCGUGCAGCAGCAGGCGAAGGAGGUGUUGGAAGCCUACCAGCUGCUGUUGGCGGAGACGCUAACAAAAACAAGGUCAGGCUAA